AAAGUUUUCCAAUAAAAUUUUGCUAGAAAUUUCCACCAUUAAAUUUUCCCCCCCAUUACUACUCACCCAACUUUGAAAGGGCAAGGAGUGUACCCCCUAAAUUAAUUUUGAAUAGCCAUCCCCUAUUCCUCUUCCUCCGUUGAAUCUCGAUCCAUCGACUCCUGCUGAUGUUACUGCUCCUCCCACCACCAUCUUUUUGCUGAAAAUGAUCAACUCACUAGCUCAAUUAUUUGCUCUAUUGGUUGCUACGAACAGGUCAAAGGCAGGAGUUGAUGAUUGAGUGUAAUCCACCAGCAGAUUCAAACUUUCAUCGUCGUUUGUGGUAAAGUAAUAUUUAUCAAUUGUUUGGGCAUGAAUCUCAAUUAAUGUCAAUUCAUAUGUGAAAUGUGCAGAUUGUUGCUGUUGAUUUUGUUUUUACUAUGUACUAACUAUUUAAGAUCUUUCCUCCCUGAGUUCAACUAAACAGAUAAAUUUGUCUUGGUUUCGUUGACUUACUAUUUUAAUUUCUAAUUGCUAUUAUUGAAAGUACACAAAUAUCAGUAUCUACUUGCUGCAUAAUUAAGUUUGGAUAUCUUGAAAGGAUUGUUUCCCGCUAUUUUCAGCCAGGACCAUCAUCGCCUAGCUACUACCCGCAACUAUCAACUUGAACUAAAAUCACCAUCAUCAAUCAAAACCACCGCCAACUAAAUAUUUUAUUAAUAUAAUAUUAUAUAAAAUAACGAUAAUUUUAUAUGUUCAAAUAUUAAAAAAAAUCAAUGGUCUUAAUUUUUACCAUUCAGAUCAUAAUAUACAUUUUAAUAUUUAGAUGUGUAUUUAUAUUCAAACGUCUUAAUCUUAAUAAAAAUAAAUAAAACUUUAAUCUCUCUACUUAAUUUCCACUCAGAUAAAGAAGUUGUCCUUAUUUCACUGUGUAAAAGAAAAUAUGAACAAAAUUUCAAUUCAUAUAUGAGUAUUCAACUUAUCACAAUUUAAACUGAAGAAAUAUAUUUGUAUUCGGGUUUUGCUAAACUUAUCAUAUAGUUGUAUGAUAAAAUGAGAUGAAAAAGUAUACAUUAGUAAAUAAUGGUUAAGUCUAAGGUUAAUGUGCAAACGAAUUUAAUUGAUUUAUUAAUUAGACUGAUACAAAUGCUAAGUACAAAAAAGUUAUUGUCAUCCAAAUUGUAAUGUGUCAAAUCUCAAUGACUCUGGCUAUCUUUGCUAACUCUCGUUUAAUAAUGUGGUAAAAAUAGUUUCUAAAUAGAUUUAAGUGAUAUACAUUGUUAGUUUAAAGAAUACUUUUUUCGCUAUUCGAAUAGUUUAGCCUACUAUAAAAGAUUAAUUAUUAUUUUUAUCCUAUUAUUAAUUAAUAUUUAAGUAGAGAUUUAUUUUUAAUUAUUUUAUAAGUGAUUUAAUUAUAUAAAUAAUUUUUUUUAUGCUGUAUAUAAGCUUAAGUCCUUUCUAAAAGCAUCACUAUGUAUAUGGGGCCAUAAUUUAAAGUAAAGAAGCCAUAAUUUACAAACUAUUCAGAAAAUGAAAAUUAUUUUCUGCCAGUGGCGCCAGACUAGUCUUUCCCAGUAAACAUGCAAUGUUGAACUCCUCUGUCAUGCGAAAAGCUUCUCUUCAAUUGCCCCUUUACAAAACAACAAAUAAACCGCAAUUUCACAAUUACUUACAAGAUAUUUCCAGAUCCACAAAUGAAGGAAUCAGCUGCAGGUCAACAGAGAAGUAACAACAGCAAUGGAAGAAGAAGCGCUGUCGAAAAGGAGAAGACGAAGAUGAGAGAGCGUCAGAGAAGAGCUAUUACGACUAAGAUCUUCAACGGCCUCCGUAAACACGGCGGUUACCGCCUCUCCCCUCGUUCCGACAUCAACCAAGUCCUCCGCCACCUGGCCUCUGAAGCUGGUUGGAUUGUUGACCCUGAUGGCACCACCUACCGCUCUUCCUCCUCCUCCACUAAUAACAAUUCGUGUCCACAUUGUGGUGUUGGAGGGAAAUCCAAUGCAGCUACGCCAACUAGCAGCACCGUAGGACACACAAGCGGCGGCGGAGGAGAAUGUUCAACUACCGCGUCUCCGCUUCGCGCCACCGCAAACUGCGGAGAUACGAAGACAACUUAUAGUAGGACGCCGGCAACUAAUCUCUUCGACUCUGGCUUUUCACUUUCCGGUGCCGUCUCUACUAGUGCUCUGCUGUCUUCUACCUCUUCUGAUACUCUUUUCUCCAUCUACAUGUCCGGCGCAUGUGGCGGUGCAGGUGUUGGAGGAAUAAGCGGGGUCUACCACCCUUCCUCCGCCGCCUCAGCCACCGUGCGCCACCAAGAACAGCCGUCGUACUUGUUGCAGGAAGUCAGAGCUUCGAAUCAGAAUACUCCGGUGGGGUCACCUCUGUAAAGCACUUGACUGAGGCUUUGGCAAUACGGCGUCGUACGCUUCACUGCUAUUCAUAAAGACUUGUCAUAACUACUAUCCAUUUUACCUAUUUUAUCUUUAAUUAGAAGUUUUAUAAUCAAUUUAAUAUUGUAGCCACACAAAACUUUACCUUUUAAAACUAUAA